GAUGGAGGAUAACAGUUCGAUAUCGGCGACGAGACGUUGCAUUGUGGGGAUCCUGUGCGGUCGGGCGAGCCUCUUCCUGCUGAUGACGGGCUACGUUCUCUUCGGGGCGAUGUUGUUCGAGUCGAUCGAGGGGGGCCCGCAGGAGCAGCAGCGCUCCCAAGCCGUUGAUUUCCAGAAGAACCGCGAGGAGUGCCUGCGAGAGCUGUGGCUCAUCACAGAACGGUUGAACGUGCUGUACGAAAAGAACUGGACGAAAUUGGUGACCGAGCAAUUGAGGCGGUUCGAGAGGAUCGUGGUGGAGUCGAAGAGGAUGGAAAAUUCGGCCGGAUCGGUUCCGGUUCAAUGGAGCUUCGCCGAGGCUUUGCUAUAUUCUAUAGCUUUGCUAACCACUGUGGGUUAUGGAAAACUGUCGCCGAAAACGGCGCUAGGAAAAGUCGCCACGAUCGCCUACUCCAUCAUCGGCGUCCCACUGAUGCUGGUCCUGCUAUCGUCCCUAGGCACUCUCCUGGCGAGCGGCGCCAAGAAAACCUACGCGAAAUUGUGCUGUCACACCAACGGCGCCAUCGCGAAGAGCCCCACCGUGGGCUACCACAAGGCCCCGUCCAGUCCGGCCGGCAAGCAAUACUGCAGGAACCACGAAGAUUCCGCGUCCAUCCAAACGUCGUCUAUCCACAACACGCCGAACCACCACGCGAACUUCCGCCAGAACCACCACCACGGGCAGCACGUGGAGCAGGGGGAGUUCCCCAAACGCUCUCUUCUCGCCACCGUGAGGUCCAGCCACACCAGAGGCAGGUGUAGACAGACGGGUGUCCGGCAAACUCUCACAGAACCGACGGUACCAUCGAUGUGUCCGGCGCAUUCCCAUCACCACAUCCCCAUGAGAACCGUAAACUCAUCUAUAGUUGGUAUAGCAGUCACCUCCGAUCUGGAGGACGCCGAGGAACCCGACGAAAACGACCAAAUAACGUGCAGCGCCCACGACACCCCGUCCCGGGUCCCGUUGAUCUGGCGUUCGCCGGAGCGCGAGAUGGCGCUCGUUUCGCCCUCAUCUUCAUCGGUGCCUGCCCUGCUGGUUUUCGCCUUGUUUGCGUCGUAUGUGCUGGGGGGCGCCGCGGCGCUGUCGUCGUGCGGCGGCGGGGGGUUCCUGGACGCCGUCUACGUGUGCUUCGUGGCGGUGGCGACGAUCGGGAUCGGCGACGGGGCGCCGACGCCGGGCGUCGGAUUGUUAGGGCUGGGACAGGCGUUGGCCGGUGGCGCUUACGUGUUUGCGGGGUUGGUGGUGGUGGCGAUGUGCUUCAGUUUGGUGCAGGAGGAGGUGGGGUUGAAGUGUAGGAGGAUCGCCGGGGUUUUGGGACUGGCGAGGCGUUGA